AUGUCUAGAAAGGAAACAAACCAAACACCUGGAGAACCGAUAUUGGUCAAUGCUAGGGAAGGUGCACGUAUAACUGAAGAUAUUUACGGCGUAAAGCGCACCAAAAUCAAAUCUAAACCUAAAAAGAAGCCUGAUAGGAAAUCCGAUAGUCCUAGAAGCUCACGAAAAUCGCCAGAAAUUAGGUCACGAAGUCAUAGCCCAUCUGAUCAAGAUUCGAGUGAUUCUGAAACGUACACAAACCACGUACCAGGUGAUGAAGAUGUAUGCAAGCCUAUCCGCCACGAGAUACAAACUGUUAGCUACUUGGAUAUCGGAGAUAUAAUCACGAAGAUAAGAAUGGAUCCAUUAUGGUUUCCGCAGCAAAGUGAACCAAACAAUUUGAGUGACUUUAUUUAUCAUUCUGGUAUCACUUCUACUCAAACACAUCAGAAUGUCGCUCUAUUUCAAACAAUAACCAAUCGAAAAAGUUUCUUUGAUGGAAAAACCGUUCGUGUCAAAGAUAAGCUGGACGAGCUUAUUAUUGCGCUGAGUGAGUUCGCCGGAGAAUAUGACGGUAAUCUCAGUUUCACACAAAAUGAACUUCCAUAUAAAGACACUUAUUGCGCAGCAUGUGGCGUCGGUGAUCUUGGUACCACACAUCUCCUAGCAACCGACUAUAUCAGCACAGCUCGGUUCAGCUUCCAUACCGAGCUGAGCUAUGACGAUGAUUUGACGAAAUCAGCUGCAACGAUGAAAAGCUUCGUUCUGACUUUUGUGACAUCGGUCGCUGAAGUUCUAGGACUAGAAAGAAACGAGUAUAUUCGUGUAUUAUCAGUGGUUAAAGAUGAAGAAGAUGGUGGAAAAGCAAAUGUUAAUUUAGGAGUGACAACUCCUGAUAGAAAAAAAACGGAAAGACUAGCUCAAAGAUUACAGAGUUAUGCCACGUCAGGCUUUCGUAAUCAUCCGCGACUACGUGAAAUCAGAUCCGACAACUACAGUUAUGCAUGGAAGCCACUUCUAUCGUCUCUACAGGUCCAACGUAAAGAUUUUGACGAAAAGCACAAUUUCGAUUACAAUCAGCGAAAUCUAACUACAGUCGGUAUGCGCGGCAAUUCUCCAUAUUAUGUUCCUAUGGGCUGGUACCGCUACGCACUGAAUGUUUCCAACAAGUACUCGGACGAAACUAAAGAUCGAUGGCUUGGCUACGACAAUAUUCCCGGUGAAUGGGUCGUCGCGUAUUAUGGUACACAUGCGGCUAAUUUUAGCCUUGUUGACCGUGAUCCAAUGAGAGAGGAAUCUAUUAGACAAAUGGGUGAGAAAAUGAACAAACAAGGCUUCUAUGUCUUUCCAAAGUGUAACGGUGGAGCGUAUCCAUGGCACACAAAGACGUUCGAAGUGCCCAUCACACCGAAGAAGAACAGCCGAUUUCGAGUCGCUUUUCAGUGUCGUGUCAAACCUGGCCGAUUCACAGUUCAUACAUGUCCAAUAACGAACUGCGAGAUGUGGCGUGUGGUUGAUACAAAUGCUGUGCGUCCAUAUGGUGUUUUAGUUCGCAACAUGAAAGAAAAAAAACAUCCCGAUGAUGAGUCGGAACCAGAAAAUGACCAUUUUGAUACAUAG